AUGCUGGCUGCCUUGUCCAAGUUGGGUGUUGAUGUGAAGUACCUCUCAGAGGGUCCAGAAUCUGGUCUCAAUGUGGAGUUGAGAUGUCCUGGAGGUUCCUUGACGUUAUCGCCUGACACGAGCAAGGCGGGUGUCACCACUGUGUGGGUGGAAAACGCUGGGACUGUUGCGAGGUUUAUCACACCAUUGUUGGGGUAUUUGGUGGCUACUUGUAAGGACCCGUCAGUUGCAGUAGUGGUGGACGGCAAUGAUAGGAUGAGAGUUCGACCAGUUGAAGACUUGGUGA